CUUCCGCUUCCUGCUCUUCUCCACAGUGGACCACAGACGCGAAACUCAUGGAGGUGGACUCGAUGACAGGCCAGGAUAUGGUCAUCAACGCGCAGACAAUCGCGCAACAGGCGCAGGAAUCCGCCGAGCAGAUGGACGUGGGGCCCGAGGACGACAUGGUGCGCCCCAACUUCCCGGCUCUCAGCGCGCAGCAGCAGUCCGGAGGCAAGAACGAUUUCCGUCGAGUGCGCGUGCCGGCGCACCGCUACACUCCGCUUAAGAACGACUGGCCCAACAUCAUGAAGCCCAUCGUGGAGCACCUCAAGCUACAGAUCCGCAUGAACACCAAGACGCGUUGCAUUGAGCUUAAGAACUCGCCGCACACAACGGACUCUGGUGCGCUUCAGAAGGCUGCUGAUUUUGUGCAAGCGUACAUGAUGGGCUUCGAGGUGCAGGAUGCUGUGGCGCUGCUGCGUCUAGAGGACCUUUUCAUUGACACGUUCGAGGUGAAUGAUGUCAAGAUGCUCAAGGGUGACCACUUGAGCCGCGCUAUCGGUCGUGUGGCUGGACAGGACGGCAAGACCAAGUAUGCCGUGGAGAACGCCACUCGUACGCGUAUCGUACUGGCCGACCAGAAGAUUCACAUCCUUGGCUCAUUUGCCAACAUUAAGCUUGCGCGUGACGCCAUUUGCUCGCUCAUCAUGGGCGCGCCACCCGGCAAGGUGUACAACAAGAUGCGCAAUGUAGCUAGUAGAAUGAACGAGCGUUUUUAAAAUUCACAAGACGAGAUUUCCGGAUGCGAACGCGGUGAGUUUGGCAUGGAACCACGGGGAGAGGUGGGCAGAGUUUGCAGUUUUUGCUGCAAACUUGCUCAAGGGUGUCCCCACUUAAAUAUAUUCAUUUUGGUUUUGUC